GGGUGAAUAGCUCACACAAGCAGGGGGAAGAGAAGAGCGCACCCGGCCCUGCAAAUCAGCCUGGAAAAAGUCCGCACGGUUCUAAAUGAGUGAGAAUCCUCUUCGCUUGGCGGAUGUCGGUGUUAAAUGUUGCAAGUUCCAUUAUAAUCACCAAUCCUCCUCCUCCGAAACAGACUGCUGAGAUGAGCGUUCAGGAGCAACACAAUGCAGAUGCAGACUCCAGCCUGGAGGAGGUAGAGUUUAAUUGGGAGGAGUACCUAGAGGAGACUGGAAGCAUUGCUGCUCCACAUAGUUUCUUCAAACAUGUUGAUACCUCUCUUCAGAAUGGUUUGGCUCCAGGGAUGAUGUUGGAGGUACCUCACAGAACCGAUCCUCAGAUUUAUUGGGUUGCCAGUAUUAUAACCACCUGUGGCAAAUUGCUCCUUCUUCGCUAUGCUGGCUGCGGGGAAGACCGCUCUGCAGACUUCUGGUGUGACAUUGUAACCUCUGAUCUCCACCCCAUUGGCUGGGCCCAGCAGAACAAAAAGACCUUGAGCCCUCCAAACGGUGUGAAAGAGAAACUGAACAAUUGGGAAGAGUUCCUUGCUAAAACUUUGACAGGAGCCUGCAGUGCCCCAGCUCACUUGCUAGAGGGACCACACAGAGGGAAAGAUCCCCUAGACUUGUUCGCCCCAGGGUCCAGGCUGGAGUUUCAGCAUUCCCAGGAUUCACUGGGUGCUUGGCCUGUCAACGUGCAGGAGAACAUUGGGGGACGACUCCAGCUCCAAUUUGAAGGAGCACCGGACUCCCCGUGUCUGAAUCUUUUCUAUCUUCAUCCUUCCCUUCAUCACAUAGGCUGGGCAGAGCAGCAUGGGUAUGAGAUGCAACCGCCUAGUGCAAUAUCCCACCUAAAGACUGAAGAGGAAUGGAGAGUGAUUCUGGCCCGGUGUGGGAAGACCACUGAAGACUGUGUACCUGCUGACUUUUUCCAGGAGCAGCCACAGUUACCAGUGCAUUCCUUCAUCAAAGGCAUGAAAUUAGAGGCAGUGGAUCCUACAGUACCAUCAUUCAUUGUUCCAGCCACAGUCACCAAGGUCUUCAACGAACAGUACUUCCUGGUUGAAUUAGAUGACCUUCGGCCUGAAGACUCACGAACCUGCCGGUCUAUAGUGUGCCACAAGAACAGCCCCGAGAUCCUCCCUGUGCGAUGGAGUCAGAAAAUGGGCGUGUCAGUACAUCCCCCUCCUGGAUAUUCAGAGCAGACCUUUGACUGGGAUGCCUAUUUGUCGCGAUAUGAAGCAGUGCAGGCUCCCGAAAGCUGCUUCCCUAUGCCCCAGAAUACUCAUCAAUUCCAAGAACACAUGAAACUAGAAGCUGUCAAUCCGUUCAAGCCACAGGAGAUCUCUAUUGCUUCUGUAACCAGAGUCCACCCCCCAUAUAUCUGGCUGCAGUUUGACGGCACGAAGGCAUCAGUACCAGAAUGCAUUGUGCAUGUGGAGUCCAUGGAGCUCUUCCCGAUGGGAUGGUGUGAGAGUAAUGGCCACCCUCUAUGUGCCCCACCUCAUACAAAAGCAAAACCACCAAAGAAACAAGUUGCCUGUCAGCCCGAGAAAGCAAUCCAGUCAUCCAAGAAUGUGAAUGGACUUAACAAGACAGACACCGCAACAUGCAACACCACUUCCAAUGGAAAAUACCUGUGCCCUAAGAUCUAUUUCAACCAUCGGUGCUUCUCCGGACCAUAUCUAAACAAAGGCAGAAUAGCAGAACUUCCUAAAUCAGUCGGACCAGGCAGCUGUGUAUUAGUCUUAAAAGAGGUCUUAUCCUUGCUUAUAAACGCUGCAUAUAAACCCAGCCGGGUGUUACGAGAACUGGAGCUUCAGGAGGAACCAUUGUGGCCCCAGCAUGCUGAGACAAUCAAAGCCAAAUAUAAAGGCAAAACAUAUCGUGCCACAGUAGAGCUGGUGAGAACGUCAGACUGUGUACCAGAGUUCUGCCGGAAAACCUGCAUCAGACUGGAAUGCUGUCCCAACCUGUUUGGGCCACUAAUGGUGCUGGACCAGUGCUCUGAGAACUGUUCUGUGUUGACCAAGACCAAAUACACUCAUUAUUAUGGAAAGCGGCGUGGGCGAAACCUUAGCAGUCCAUCCGGCAUACUGCGCAGCAUCGAGGCUGCUUUAAAGAAACCUGCUAAGAAGAGAAAGAGAAGAAAACAAUUCUUUGUUCACAAAAAGAAGCGUUCAUCUACGUCUGUAGAUAACACCCCUGCAGGGAGUCCACAGGGAAGUGGCGACGAAGAGGAAGAUGAGGGUGAUGAAUACUCACCCAGUGAAGAGAGUAUCCAGGAACAUCAAGAAGGAUCUGAGAUUUCAGGAAAGGGAUCUGGUUCCACCUCUCCUACCCGGAGUGAAAACUCACUGUCCUCUGAAAAGAAAAGGAAACAUUGGUUUUCUGAUCAUGACAAACGUGUCAUUACCAAGGAUAUUAAAAUUGAGUUAACUGAGCCAUUGACACUUGACAGUAAUCCACUGGACUGGAACAUCACUGAUGUCAUGAAUUAUAUUAAAUCUACAGACUGCGCUCACCUGGCACGACUCUUCCAAGAACAGGAAAUAGAUGGCAAGGCUCUGCUACUGCUCACCCUACCUGCUGUUCAGGAAUGCAUGGAGCUCAAGCUUGCCAUGGCUAUAAAGCUGUGCUACCACAUCGAAAGAGUUAAACUGGCAUUUUACCAAAGCCUAUCCAGUUAACACGGCUCAAUCCUAUCCUGCUACAGGGGAAAUGGAAACACAGCUGACAGGACAGGCUGGCCUAUACGAGGGCCCAUGCAAGGUCUACUAGCCUUAAGUGAUUUGCACUUUUAGAAGAUUGUCGCCCUGUUUACAAAUCUUUGUAGUAUUUCCGUCCAUGUUUUUGGAAAAGUUCAAGGGGCUUUGUACCAAGACAUUUCCACAUAACUUUACCUUAUUAUUAAACAGUUGUUAAACACCCUGUGUUUAAAAGCCGAGGGUCGUUUAAUAGACUAAGCUCGAGUUCUAUUCAAUAAACAGUUCGAGUUGAAACUCGACUUGAAGACGUGAAGCCAAAUAGCAGAUUUCUGAAAUAAUAGCCAACUUAUUUGUAACUUUGUUAUUUUGGCCUCACGUUAGUUUUAACUCAUCUCACCUCACUGUUUAGUGAAUUGAUGGAUAGUUAUGUCUGGUAAUAAUGGGCACAGAAUGGCAUCCUUAUAACUUAGGAUUUUACAAACCUCAGGCAGGGAGUCGUAUUCCUGAGUUACGUUCCUGCUGAUUUCUUAACUUUUUGAAGAUUUUAUAUAGAACUUUAAGGAUGUGCCUCUUCCCAAGUUUAUAAUAAAAUAAUGCUGCAUCCUAAAUGCUCCAAACCCUCUCAAAGUCUCUAUUGGACCCUGUAAUUCAAUAAAAGACAACCUGCAAUGGACUGGAUGCUAAUAACAAAUUUUGCAGUUUAACAACUUUAAGCGGGCCUGGUACUAUUAACAUCUACUGUCACAAAUUUCACGCAAAGCACUUUUUGAAAUAUAGUACAAUUCUUUUUGUUCCCUAGUCAGAGUGUGUGCCUUUAACACACAUAUAAACAUAUUUAUAUUUAAUAAUUUUAUUUUAUUUACGACAGGUAUACAUUGUCUUGAAUUUGAAAAGGCAUUACAAAAUUAUGAUAUGUAAUCUAGUAAAUGAAUUUUCUAGGAUUUUUUUUUAGCAUUUUAAUUUACAAAUUAUUGCAGGCCUUUGUUCGAAAAAAUGAGGAAGGAGCAAAUGAGAGCAUAUAAAGCUAUAUACAUUUUCGUUUGGUUUUUUUUCCUCUAUUCAAAAGGCAUACUG